AUGCCUUGCCUCGAACUCACGCGGCUGAACCGCCCUUUCCAGACGGUUCUGACCUAUCUCCCCUGCGCCACCGGCAUUGUGCACGCUGCAGUGGACUCUCACUCCCAAACAUUGUCUCUAUCCCAAGUCUUGCUAUGCCUUCUGGCAUGGCUACCCGUAUCAAUCCUACAAUCGAGCUACGCACAUAAAGUCGACGACAUCAUAGACCAAGACAUUGACCGGCAGGUAAUUCGAAGUCGCAAUCAGCCUCUUCCCAGGGGAGCCAUCUCCCCAAUCCAAGCGAGCGUCUUCGCAGCCCUGCAAGCGAUUUCCCUGAUCGCACUAUCCGCGUGGACUCUCCCUCGCGCCUUACCGAUAUACCCCGCCGCAGCAAUCUUCGCCUGCAUCGUGUAUUCCUUCGGCAAGCGCUUCACGAACUACCCACAACCCAUCCUUGGUUCCCGGUCCCUGAAGCUGUCCGCGGGCAGCAUUCGGGGCGUGCUUUUUCUGUGGGUGGUGAUGGUCGAUGUGCUUUACGCAUUCCAGGGCCUCACAGAUGACCUCACGGCCUGGGUGAAGAGUAUGAGUGUUCGAUUCCAGCAUGCGACGCGGCGUCUCUUUGCAGUAUUGGGAGCAUCGUAUAUGCUGCUGCCUUGGAUUAGUGGGGUUGCUGCAGGUCUAGGCCGAUACUUUUAUGCCGCGGCGGGUUGCGCGGCCGUGAGUCUACUUGUCAAUCUGGGUUGGGUUGACGUCAAGACUAGUGCCAGUUGUCGGUGGCGGUUUGCAAAGGGCUUUUCGUUGACGGCGGGGAUUGUGUUCUUCGGGUUGCUGGGGGUGGCCUGUCAGAGAGAGCCGUAA